AUGACGAACGACAUCUCUGACAGCGAGGACCACGCAGGAACAGGCAUGGACGAAACUGGCUGGACACUAGCCUCCUCAAAAAGGGCUAAGCGCUCGCACAUGGAGGUGUCCUUGUACUCUGCACUGAAGGGCGCGCUCGACGAAAAAUUCACGUGCCAACACCGCGGCCAUGAUGAGAUGCAGGUCAACACUGCUAACAUCGCGGAGUACCACCGAGCGAUUAAGGCCCUUCAGGCCAUUGGUGCUCAGCACUCGCAGGAGUUUGCCGCGGCCGACCUACCCGUCCAGAACUGCUGGUUCUUAGAGAACCGCCACAAGCGCGAAAAGUGCGACGCGCUCGUAAUCGAGGUGCCGCAGUCCUGCGACAGCGCGAAAAUCUAUGCGCUGCGCGAAUUCGCAGGAAUGUUAAUCCGAGUUGACGACUACAAGCGCCCCUCCGGCCCCAACCAGUGCAGUAACUGCCAGCGGUUUGGUCACGUAGGGAAGGGCUGCAAUGCCAGCCCAGUUUGUAGGUGGUGCAGCAGCCCCCACUGCGCUCCCGACUGCCCACAAGGGGGAGUGGCAGACCACAAGCGGUGCACUCACUGCAAGCUGCAGCACUGCGCUAACUACAAGGGCUGCGAGGAGUACAAGAGGCGCGGGAAGAGACAGCCCCAGACCAGGAUGUUCAAAAAGAAUGCCACUGGCCACAAGAAUGGCAAGGGCAAAUACCCCCAGCCCACGGAGGACAGGCCCCACCAGCCUGCCCAGGACAAACUGCUGGCAGCCAAGACUGCCCCAGCAGCCCCGACAAGGCACACGCCCGUGCCCGCACAGCCACAGGCAGCUCCUGCGCCUGUGGAGACCAUGGCGGUUGAAGAGGCCCCAGUGCAGCCAACUGCCCCGCCCGAGCCCCGCAAUUAG